GUCAGGAGAGUGUGGCAGGGUGCCACCUGGACGACGUGCAUGAAAACCACGCCUGUCCCAAACUCUUCGCCCACUGCUAAAUCCAUCGACCUUAUUCUCCAAGCUUUCUGGAAGGACGAAGUCAGGGUGGACGAUAACAUAAUGGCAAGCCAAAUUAUCCAUAAAAAAACGUUAUACGUCCUGAGUAGUUGUAGGCUAGGUUCUGUAUUUAUUUAUAGUCAUUAAAAUAUUAGCUACACGUGUGCUCGAGACAUGUAGGUUGGCUAACAUAUCUCAGGAAUUGAACUUGCUUGUGAUGAUGCUCGUGGAUCAUGACUGUUCUGGGACUGAUGUUCGGUUGGUUCGUCAGCUCAACAAGGGUAUGAGGAUUCAACCAGGGAUAUGCAGCGGAGGGACCGAGCAGCAACGGGGAUGUAAAACUGGAGACGUCAAUGAAAAUAUUGUUUGCCUGCAAUCUCAGGAUGAAACGGGACGGGUGUGUCCUGGAAGCCCAGCACUGGCGACAGACACGCGGGUAUCUUCCUGUUCCACAGCAGACCGUGAACCAAGCAGUGGCAGUUACAACGUCUCCACUGGAACGGGAACCUUUUACAGCUGCGUCAGUCAGAUCACCAUCGGGUUUGAUCUCGGGGGCCAAGUGGCCAUUGGUAUCUCUCAUUGGAAGAGUCCAUUCCCUCCCAGAGGUCACCCCCUGUGUGACAGUCCUGACGGGGUUCGCUCCGAGGCCUCCGCUGCCGCAGCCCCGCAACUCCCUGAGCACCAAGAGCCAGUGUCCUGUCCUGCCUCCCUGUCAAUCAACCCUAUAUCAUCCCUCUGCAGCGCCAGCCAGGAGACCAUCAGCGACAGCAGCACAAGUGUGAGUUUCUCUCUACAUGGGGCUGAGCUCCAAUGGCAGAGCCCCCACAGACGCAGAGUUCUGCGGCCCCCGGCCCCUGGGGUUGAGGCUGCGGAUUUCUCCUUCCCCCCCAACAGGUCGCCAGUCAGAAUGGAGGAGUCCUUGGCUGGGGCUCCGGAUUCCCCCAGCACACAGGACAACAUGCCACCCCAUGUUUUGAAGGAUGUGAAGUUGUUAAUGGAGAGUUUGGAGGGGCUGAGCACUCCGUCCAAAGAUGGCGACUCGACCUUGCUCGACCCCGGGACCAGUAGCAUCCUGGACGACAACACCAGGACUGACCCGGCACCAGAGGUAGGGAGAAGUAGGUCCAGUGGCUUGUGCUUCAGCGAUGGCAAGUGCCACAUCGACUACAUCCUGGUUUACAGGAAGUCUGGUCCGCAGUCGGAGAAGAGGGAAAUAUUUGAGCGCAACAUCCGGGCCGAGGGCUUGCAGAUGGAGAAAGAGUUGUCUGUGUGCAACAGUGAUGUGAUCUUCCUGAAGCUGCAUGCUCCCUGGGAGGUGCUGUGUCGCUACGCAGAGCUUAUGAACAUUCGGAUGCCGUUCAGGAGGAAAAUCUACUACAUGCAUCGACGGUACAAGUUCAUGAGUAGGAUGGAGAAGAGAAUCAACAGAUUUCGAGGAUGGCUGCCUCGCAAACCCAUGAAGUUUGACAACAACACCCUCCCUGACCUGGAGGAGAACGAGAGCUUUACCGCCCCCUUCAGUCGCUCCAGAAUACAUCAUUUCACCAUUCACAACAAAGACACAUUCUUCAACAACGCUACCAGGAGUCGCAUCGUCCAUCAUAUCUUGCAAAGGGUCAAAUAUGAGGAGGGCAAAGACAAAAUGGGGCUGAAUCGUCUUUUGAGCAAUAGUUCAUACGAGGCAGCUUUUCCCCUUCAUGAGGGGAGCUACAGAAGUAAGAACUCCAUCCGGACGCAUGGAGCAGAGAACCACAGACACUUGCUGUAUGAAUGCUGGGCCUGGUGGGGUGUGUGGUACAAGUACCAGCCACUGGACCUCAUAAGGCGGUACUUCGGGGAGAAAAUUGGUCUCUAUUUUGCCUGGCUGGGUUGGUACACUGGGAUGCUGUUCCCUGCGGCGCUGGUUGGGCUCAUGGUCUUCCUCUACGGCUGGUUCACCCUAGACCACUGCCAGGUCAGUAAAGAAAUCUGCCAGGCCACUGACAUCAUCAUGUGCCCCAUAUGUGACGAGUACUGCCCCUACCUGAGACUCUCAGACAGCUGCAUCUAUGCCAAGGUCACCCAUCUUUUUGACAACGGAGCAACAGUUUUCUUUGCUGUAUUCAUGGCUGUGUGGGCAACCGUGUUUCUCGAGUUCUGGAAGAGGCGGCGAGCAGUCCUUGCAUAUGACUGGGACCUAAUUGACUGGGAGGAAGAGGAGGAGGAAAUCCGUCCCCAGUUUGAGGCCAAAUAUUCCAAAAAGGAGAGGAUGAACCCCAUAUCUGGAAAGCCUGAGCCGUACCAGGCCUUUACAGACAAGUACAGCCGACUCAUCGUCUCAGCUUCUGGAAUUUUCUUUAUGAUACUGGUGGUGAUCGCUGCCGUCUUCGGCAUCGUGAUUUACCGCGUGAUCACAGUCAGCACUUUUGCCGCCUUCGGCUGGGCUCUCAUCAGGAAUAACUCUCAGGUGGCCACCACCGGCACAGCCGUGUGCAUCAACUUCUGCAUCAUCAUGCUCCUCAAUGUGUUGUAUGAAAAAGUUGCCCUUCUGCUCACCAAUUUAGAGCAGCCAAGGACUGAGUCAGAGUGGGAGAACAGCUUCACCCUGAAGAUGUUCCUGUUUCAGUUUGUCAAUCUCAACAGCUCUACCUUCUACAUAGCUUUUUUCCUGGGCAGGUUCACUGGUCGGCCAGGAGCCUAUAUCCGCCUCAUUAACCGCUGGAAACUGGAAGAGUGCCAUCCUAGUGGUUGUUUGAUAGAUCUCUGCAUGCAGAUGGGUAUCAUCAUGGUGCUCAAGCAGACCUGGAACAACUUCAUGGAGCUGGGCUACCCGCUGAUCCAGAACUGGUGGACGCGGCGAAGGCUGAGGCAGGAGCACGGCCCCAACGCCAAGGCCAGCUUCCCGCAGUGGGAGAGGGACUACAACCUGCAGCCCAUGAAUGCCUACGGACUGUUUGACGAAUACCUGGAGAUGAUCUUACAGUUUGGCUUCACCACCAUAUUUGUGGCAGCUUUCCCCCUGGCCCCGCUCCUGGCCCUCCUCAACAACAUCAUCGAGAUCCGCUUGGACGCCUACAAGUUUGUCACCCAGUGGCGGAGACCCCUGCCCUCUCAAGCCAAAGACAUAGGGAUCUGGUACGGCAUCCUGGAGGGCAUCGGUAUCUUGUCCGUCAUCACCAACGCCUUUGUCAUCGCCGUCACCUCCGACUUCAUCCCACGCCUUGUCUACGCAUACAAGUACGGCCCGUGUGCCGGGCAGGGCCGGGCCGGGGAGAGGUGCAUGAUGGGAUAUGUGAACGCCAGUCUAUCGAUGUUCAGAGUGUCUGAUUUUGAGAACACGUCGGUGCCCAGGACAGAUGGAUCGGAUAUGUUUGGAGAAGCAGUGAAGUACUGCAGGUACCGUGACUACAGAGUGCCCCCAGACUCGCCCGGUGAGCCAUACUCCUACACGCUGCAGUUCUGGCAUGUCCUGGCCGCACGACUGGCCUUCAUCAUAGUCUUCGAGCACAUGGUUUUCACCAUCAAGAACCUGAUCGCCUACCUGAUCCCAGACCUGCCCAAGGACCUGCGGGACCGCAUGCGGCGGGAGAAAUACCUGAUCCAGGAGAUGAUGUACGAGGCCGAGCUAGAAAGACUGCAGAAGGAGAAGAACGAGAAGAAGAAGAAUUACAGGGCCCAUCAUAACGCAUUGCUCUGAAUGCACAAACAGGUCAUACUGGUGUCCAUUUUUGCUCGGUGGUGUUGUGUGUGGGAAUGACAGAGAACUGGCUGCAUGCACGCCAGGGACUGUCCUGCCUGUCUGCGUCUCUCACUGGACCAGGUGAGCGCCCCCAAGAGGACCAUCCAACAAACCUGCAUUCAGCAUGCUCCUCGCCAUGGUGUUCAAACGUACUGUACGUCAUUCUGAAACCGAGAAGCCAGUGGGUGAGGGGGAAAAAAGAGGACAUACAUUGGAACAUUUGACAAUGGGUUUACUAAUUUUUUCCAGAUUGCUCCUUCCACUUUGGACUCACAACUGUACAUUUCUUGAAAACCUGAAUGUAGAUUUCAAAGAAACACAAAAAAACUAACUUUUGCAGUUCUAUUGUCACAACUUAAAAAAAGAUUCUGUCAUCCGUGCGGUUGAAUGACAAACCCUGUUUACAAUCCUAGCCUUUUUAUUUUCAGGACAAACUCAUGAGGAAUCAUGAUCAAUUGCUUUUACAAGGCUGUAAACCUUCGGCCAUGUUCUCUGCUUACGUUGUGUGCUGCUUACAAUGUUAUUUUGAAAUGUUCCAUCAGAUCUGUGUUAGUGGACGCAGACUGCUCAAACAUCCAAUGCCUUCCUUUACAAUGGAUACUAAUUACAAGAGUAAUAAAAAUUCAUAUUUGUUACAAA